UCUGCCAGUGUGAUAGGGCGGAGGAGCUGCGGAGGAGUUCAUUCACAGAGACGCCGGUGGUGCUGGGUUAUUUUUAGGGCGGAGGAGGUGACAGCAGGCUGCAGCCUCCUUUUGCAAACAUUCCCACGUCGCUUCGCUCCACCUUGAAUCAACGCAGGAUGUCAGCGUGAAGCCGUGCGUAAAGAAGCUGCGUGCGGCACCGCGGAAAGAAGACGUUUUACAGCCAAUUUCACCUCAUUUCUGCAGGGAAAAUUUCCACUCUGCUGUUUGCAAAACGACGCAGCCGGUGUUCCUGAUUCCCUGCACAGCAGUCGCUGGAUCAGAUUGGACUCGUUGUUGUAGCUGUAGAGGACACAUUGCUUGGUUUUUAGUCGUAUUAUUUGGGGAGCGAGCUGCAGAGAGAGAGAGAGAGAGAGAGAGAGAGAGAGAGAGAAGAGAGAAAGAGAGAAGAGAGAGAAAAGAGAGAGCACCAGAUCCGCCCAGCAGAGAUGGCGAAGGCAGACCAGCGAUUCGGCCAGCGGGACGGCUCGGACCAGAACUUCGACUACAUGUUCAAGCUGCUGAUCAUCGGCAACAGCAGCGUCGGGAAAACCUCCUUCCUGUUCCGCUACGCCGACGACUCCUUCAGCAACUCCUUCGUCAGCACCGUGGGCAUCGACUUCAAGGUGAAGACCGUGUACCGCAACGAGAAGAGGAUCAAGCUGCAGAUCUGGGCUUCGAGUACUACGAGGCGAGCGCCAAGGAGAACAUCAACGUGCGGCAGGUGUUCGAGCGCCUCGUGGACAUCAUCUGCGUGAAGAUGUCGGAGCGCGUGGACGUGGAGGUCCCGGCGCCUCCCGGCACCAAGACCACCAGACUGACCGACAAGCCCGCCCAGCUACCGCAGAAGUGCUGCUGAUCGUCCAUUCAUCUCUCAGCUCCCUCCCUCCCUCCCUCCAAAAAAAGCUCUUAAGAAAAAGACAAAAAAAACAAACAACAACAACAACAACAACCAGAUUAACUAUUGUAACAUUCCUCAACACACUGUGUCGGUCACUGCUUAGGUCCAUGUUUGUGAGCAGUCAGUCACGACCACUGCCGUUUAUAUAUUAUAUAGCCGUAUUUUCCGGACUAUAAGUCGAAAUCAGUCAAAAAAACAUAUAUAAGUCGCACCGGACUAUAAGUCGCAUUUAUUUAGAAAUUUAUUUCACAAAAUCCAAGACCAAAAAACAGCCCAUUUCAUCUGUCAAGUACACAAUAGCACACAGAUCAACAGGCUGAAUACGGUAGGUGUAACGUAACACAUUAACAGUUAUUCAACUAUACAAAAGCACACAGAACGACCAGCUACCAGGGCGUGGAGACGUAGCUAACUGCACCGUUGACCAGCCCCUUCCCGGCAGCACGAUGUUCAGCCAUCUCGCUUUCAGCCCGCCAUUAGCCGAUUAGCCGAUUAGCUUUCUCUGAUUUCUUCACUGCAGUAAGAGUCACCUUUUCGCCAGUCUCCCUCACAAGUUUCUCCCUCAUUUCCAAACUUUCUUUCUGCUGCUCCAUUGCCGUUUUUCAGCUGCAUAUUUUACUACCUGCAGUUUGUUAUCUCUUUUCUUUCUCAGUUGUCUUUAGCAGCAGCGUUCUAGUCGUCCCAAGCCUAGAGCGCCCUCUCGCGGCUGUAGACGAUAAUGUUUUCAGUAUGAAUUAACAUUUAAAAACAUGUUAAAUUAUAUAUAUUUUGAUAUAUAAGUCGCACAUGACUAUAAGUCGCAGGACCAGCCAAAAGUAGGAAAAGAAAGUGCGACUUAUAGUCCGGAAAAUACGGUAGCCGGUUUCAUCCCCUUCCCGUCCCAGAGUAGCAGUGGUUGGUCCCUUAUGGAGGCGGAGGAGUCAAGGUUUGGCAGGGAACUCUGGACAAAAUGUAAUUUGGUGUGUGUUGUGAUGAUGGAGAAGGUUGAACCCAAAUGCAGGGAAGGCCAUGGAGGAGACGUGGUGAGCUUGACUAUUUAUUUAACAAAAAACAAAAUACAGAAAACAGAACAAAAAAAACCGAAGAAACGAGAUGAAGAAAAAUCAGGAAACAGGCCGAGAAACGAACGGCACGCUGACACAGGGAACUGCAAACAACCGAAAUGAUCUGACACCAAGACUAAAUACACAGGCUAACAUGGAAACACAACACAAGGCUGGGAAACAGGGGAAACACAUUAGGGCUGUGUGUUUCAACCUUGUUUGAGCCACGGCACAUUUUUUUACAUUAAAACCAACCAAAAAUGUUACAAAAUGACACAUUGCAGCCUAAUAAGAUCAGAAUCUGCAUUUAUCCUUUUUAAAAAUGUAUCCAUCGCUUGUGCAGGCUUACAUCGAUGAUCUCGGCCCUACUGCGCUUGCAUCCUGUCACAGCGGGAUGCGCGCGCAAAAGGUGGCAGUAAUUCUAUUGUCUUAAAUCAACAAGGUCAUUAUUGCGCUAUAUACUGCCACCUACUGAUACAGAAUAGUAUUUCAUUUCUCUGCCAGUCAUCACAUUGCAGCCACAGAUGCGCAACAAUGGCAAAUUAUUUGCAGUAACUCAAUAAAAAAAAAUUUUGUUGGACCAAUUAAGUAAAAUCGGAUAAUUUCUCACACACAGUGGUUGAAAAUCACUGCAUUGGGGCAAUCACAAGGGCGGGAAAACACAGGAAGCUAAACAAGACAAGACAGAAAGCAUUACCAUCAAAAUAAAACAGGAAACGGGGCAAAAAUACAAAAAGCAGUUCACCAAAAUAAGACAAAACGCACCAAACCCAUAACAGUGUGUUUGACAAGGUUGUAGAGCCAUAGGGAUAAAGCCGGGUCACACCAGAAAGUGGCAAAGCAAAGUCCAUCCAUCCAUUCAUAACAAAAACAUAGUAGUCCACUUAAAACCUAUACACAGUAGAGCUGUUGAAAUUAAUCAAAUAACCGAUGCAUGGAAUCGUGGACGUGGACGAUGCUGCAUCGAUAAUCGGCCGGCUCAUAAUCGAUUAUUUCUGUUUACAAUUUAAUG